GAGAGAGAGAGAAAGACGGAGGAAGGGGGUUCACACAGAGAGAGAAUAUAGUAGUGAUAUGUAACAGAUGUGCUUCAAAGUCAGCAUCACAUUUUGAAUCUCAGACAUCACAUGGCAUCCUCUUCGUCCUGAUUGGGGGUAUUUUCACCUCGAAUAAGCCGCAUGCUGGUUGGUUGAAAGGCAAUCAUCCCAUCGUCGUGAAGCAAACUCUGCGCUCCACAGCGAGGAGGAGGAAGAAGAGGGACGGCGGAGCAGAUCGCCCGUGCUCACACUUUCCUUUUUUGUUAAGGGCUCGUUUGGCAAUAGCCGGCACAGACCGUAAGAACUGUUGUGUUGGUGGUGGUGGUGGAGGAGGAUGAUGACGGGCAAAUCUGUGAAAGACGUUGACAGAUACCAGGCUGUCCUCAACUCUUUACUGGCGCUGGAGGAGAACAAAUACUGCGCUGACUGUGAAUCGAAAGGUCCACGAUGGGCAUCCUGGAAUUUGGGCAUCUUCAUCUGUAUCCGCUGUGCUGGUAUCCAUCGAAACCUAGGGGUUCACAUCUCCAAGGUCAAGUCUGUCAACCUGGAUCAGUGGACGCAGGAGCAAGUCCAGUGUGUUCAAGAGAUGGGAAAUGCCAAGGCCAAACGGCUCUACGAGGCUUUUUUACCCGAGUGCUUCCAGCGUCCCGAGACAGACCAGGCUGCCGAGGUCUUUAUUAGGGACAAGUACGAAAAGAAGAAAUACAUGGAUAAAGUCAUUGACAUCCAGAUGCUCAGGAAAGAAAAGAGUUGUGACAACAUCCCAAAGGAGCCAGUUGUAUUUGAGAAGAUGAAAUUGAAAAAGGACGUCAGCCCAAAGACAGAUUCCCAGUCUGUCACAGACCUGCUUGGAUUAGAUGCCCCAGCUCCAAGCCCUGCGGUGUCUAAUGGUGGAGGAUGUGUUCCAGACAGUAAUGAGAGCCCAGUGGUGUCUAACGCAGCCCUUGCACACUCUGCCCUGGAUCUCUUCAGCUCACUCGCAGCCCCCUCCCCUGCUUCCUCUACAAAAAGCACGUCUGUUUCCAGCACCAUGCCUCAGAGCAGAGUGACUGCCUCGGUGCCUGAGAAUCUGAGCUUGUUCUUAGACGCAGCACCCAAAGCAGAGGAGGGCACUGUCAAGAAACUAUCCAAGGACUCCAUUCUUUCCCUGUACGCCUCCACUCCCUCGGUACAUGCCAGCAGUAUGGCUGCACAUGCAGGCUUGUACAUGAACCAAAUGGGAUAUCCAACACACCCGUACGGGCCAUACCAUUCUUUAGCCCAGGCGGGGGGAAUGGGAGGCACUAUGAUGACAUCACAGAUGGCCAUGAUGGGGCAGCAACAGAGCGGGGUGAUGGCAGUGCCACAAAACAACAUGAUUGGAAUUCAGCAGAACUGCAUGAUGGGGCAGCAGAAUGGCUUAAUGGGCGCUCAGGGUGUCACGGCUCAGCCUAGCGGCGUUGUGCCAUCGCCCUACAUGACAGGAAUGAUGGGACAGCAGCAAACUGGAAUGAUGGUACAGCAGCAGAACAGCAUUAUAGGACAGCAACAAAGUGGGAUGAUGGGACAGCAGCAGCAGGUUGGGGGUUUGCCCGCAUUACCCCAGCAGCAGGCUUACGGAGUCCAGCAAGCCCAGCAGCUACAGUGGAACAUCAGUCAGAUGACUCAGCACAUGGCCGGCAUGAAUCUUUACAACACCAGCGGUAUGAUGGGAUACAGCGGUCAACAAAUGGGAGGUUCAGCAGCUCCAAGUUCGGCACACAUGACAGCGCACGUGUGGAAAUGAGCUUGUCUAUCUGAGAUUCGAUGGAGCGCCAACGACCCACAAAAGGAGAAGAGAAACGACGUGGAUCAGACUCUCCAUUAAACAUUUUCUGAUGCAAGGGAGGAGGAGGAGGAGACUGAGGUGGAGAAGAAGAAGAAGGUUUGAGAAACCACUACUACCUCUCUCUCUCCUCUCUGGCCGCGCUUCCUCUUGCCGUCUCAUGCAUAGCCAUGUUCUGCAGAUUUCCAUGUUUGCCUUCAGGACCUUUUCAUAUGACGACUAAGACAAGGCCGUUCUGAGGCCACUGGUUAGGACUCCAGAGCAUUCUUUCUGCCCAGCCUUUAUGAGAGAGAGCUUGUGUGCAGAAACAUUAUGAGGGUAUCAAGCAGCUGCAGAAUUGCACUGUUUCAUAUUUAAUCAGAUUGCACUGGGGUUGGCAUUGGGGUUAGCCUAGCUUUAAAAGCUCAAAUAGACCGAGAUAAUCUAAAUAGGUGGCUCAUACUUUACGCCCUACAUUACCAGUAUUUACCCAACUGAUGGGGCGACAUUUAGUGAUGAUAUAUACAGUGGCCCUGAGAGGUCAAACACACUGCUGCCUAAUAAAACACCAGCAAAAAUGAAAAAUGGUGCAAAAGCACACAAAAAAUAAUUGAAGUUCAAUAAAACCCAAUGGAAAUAGAAAGAAAAACACUGGAGAAGCUAAUAGAAAAAAAUCAAACAAAACACAACAGAAAUGUUUUUGGCUAACAGCUAACAGUAAACGGCUAACAGCAACCAUGUACCUACAGUGUCCAUUGUGUUUUGUCCGAAUUUUUUUUUCUAUGUCCGUUAUGUUUUAAUCAACUUCUGUGGUGCUUUUGCAAAAUUUUAAUGUUUUGCUGGUGUUUUCUACAGUUGCAGUGCAUGUGACCUCUCAGGGCCACCGUAGACAUAGCUACAUUUUAACAGCAGCCAUAUUUGCAAAGUGUAGCAGCUACAACUUUAUUCAGCCAAUUUCAAGUUCGAGAUUUAGAGCUUUUCAAAAGUAUAUUUUCACAUAAGUGAGAUGAGCUGCUGCGAAUUCAGUUAAUAAUCAUUAAAAAAUAUAAAAGCUAGGCUAGCCUAAUAGUCCCUUCAUGCUGCAUGCAGAAGACAAAUACACAUAACCGUUUUUAGCCACAUAUAUCUAGACAUUCUACUCAUCUAACAAUAUUUAAUUCAAGCAACAAAUCCUACCUACACAGCCCGUAAUAUUGAUGUCUUCAUCUGAAUAUCUAGAGGGCUUCUUUUAGAAUCUUUAAUCUUCAAAUGUCAAAAGUCCAAAACCAUAUUUUGGGAGACCAAAGAUCAACACUAGCUUUACUGUAAGUGGACAGUAUUCCUGUAUGCUUUUUCCUGUUCAACCACUUAACUAGUGAUUAAUAGAAAAAAAAAAAAAACAGCAAUUCAGCAGUCCAGCAUCACUGUCUUCACUGUGCUGUUUUUUCACCAAGGGUAGGACACUUAAAAAAAAAAAAAAAAAA